AUGAAUUCGUCUACCCAACGCAUUUGGCCGGUGCCAACAAAGAGUAAGACCGGACCCGAGGUCCAGCUGCAGGAACUGAUCAUCAAGAAAACGAGCAAGCCCAGCGGUGUCGAAUCCCGGGUGGCAGACUGCGGGUGGUCACCUGGUCGCUCUGGGCUCGUCGCCGCCGUGCAAAUGGGAAAUGAGGCACGCGCCCGGGCCUCAUUAUAA